CUCGCUCGGGGAAAUACCGUGGCUUCCCUGAUAAGUUUUCUGCAACACGUUUUUCUUCAUUUUUUUUUUUAAACUACGCCUGACUGAGACAUGGAGACAGCUGUGUACACGUCUGUUGUGAAGUAAAAGGAGGACAUCUAACGGUUGGUGUCCUACAUCUGAACAUCUACAUCUCAUCACUGUGAUUUAAACCAGGGACAAACCACACCACAGACUUCCAGACCUCAUUUACCAGCUUCCAGCCACUAUGUCCUAGCUAACAGCGACCCAGCCCCCUCCCCUAACCAUCCUGUCCCUCUCUCCAUCUCCCUCCCUUUCCCCAUCCCUCAUCUCCUAUCCUGAUGUGGUGAUUUCUGGUCGUAGCACCAGCGGCGCCCCUUCUGGCGUGAUGAGCAGCCUGCACCAGCAGCAUCAUGGCAGCUCAGGCUCAGAGCGAGACCUUCAAUCUGCUGCCUCCUCUGUUAGCCUCCCUUCAAUUAGAAAGACCCCCAAGAAGCGCCGUCUGUCCCUUCACUCGUUCUUUGGUCGGCGACGCCGGCCUGACCGCGACCCAAAGCGCAAGUCCAGGCCUCUGCAAGCUGGAGCUGGAGUGGACGCCACCGAAAGUGUCCAGCCAGAGACUUUGCAUGAUAAAACUUCUUCCCACUCCGCACUGGCUGCAGCAUCGACUUCCUCAGUGUCGGGUUCUUUAUCAGAGCUGCUGGAAUGUCCUCUGUGCCUACUGCGACAUACACGCGAGCGCUUCCCAGACAUCAUGACCUGUCACCACCGCUCGUGUGCAGAGUGCCUGCGGCAGUAUCUGCGCAUCGAGAUCUCAGAGUCUCGUGUCAACAUCUGCUGUCCUGAGUGCUCAGAGCGCUUCAAUCCCCACGACAUCCAGAUGAUCCUGGGGGACCGAGCCCUCAUGGAGAAGUAUGAGGAGUUCAUGCUGAGGAGAUGGCUGGUGUCUGAACCUGACUGCCGCUGGUGCCCCGCCCCUGACUGUGGUUAUGCAGUCAUUGCAUUUGGCUGUGCCAGCUGCCCAAAGAUCACCUGUGGGCGUGAGGGUUGUGGGACCGAGUUCUGCUACCACUGCAAACAGCUGUGGCAUCCCAACCAGACAUGUGACACGGCACGGCAACAAAGGGCCCAAACUUUCCGGCUGAGGAAUUUCAGGUCCUCCUCCCUCAGCUACAGUCAAGAGAGCGGAGCUGCAGGUGAUGACAUCAAGCCGUGCCCUCGUUGUGCUGCCUAUAUCAUCAAGAUGAAUGAUGGGAGCUGUAAUCACAUGACUUGUGCUGUCUGCGGCUGCGAGUUUUGCUGGCUCUGCAUGAAGGAGAUCUCUGACCUGCACUAUUUAAGUCCGUCAGGCUGCACCUUCUGGGGGAAGAAGCCCUGGAGCAGAAAGAAGAAGAUUCUGUGGCAGCUCGGCACAUUGGUGGGCGCGCCCGUGGGCAUUGCUCUCAUAGCUGGCAUCGCUAUCCCUGCAAUGAUCAUUGGCAUCCCGGUCUAUGUUGGCAGAAAGAUCCAUAAUCGCUAUGAAGGCAAGGACAUCUCUAAACACAAGAGGAACUUGGUAAUAGCUGGUGGUGUGACGCUGUCUGUGAUUGUGUCGCCUGUGGUCGCAGCUGUCACUGUUGGCAUCGGUGUCCCCAUCAUGCUGGCUUACGUCUACGGAGUUGUCCCCAUCUCACUGUGCCGGGGUGGAGGCUGUGGAGUGUCUGCUGGCAAUGGCAAAGGGGUGCGCAUCGAGUUUGAUGACGAAAAUGACAACAUAGGUAGUGGGGCAGCAGCCACAGACACAACCUCGGUGGCAGAGACUCGGCUCAACAAUCCCAGCCUCGGAGAUGGAGCGAGUGUCGGUGGCCUGACGGGCCUGAGCCUCAGUGUCAGCGGGAGCCACAUGGAGCGCUGCGGCAUGAGCUCCGCCCAGCGGGACAACAUGAGCGACAACGCCAGCACCACAGCCCUUGCUGGUACCAGCAUCACCGGCAGCCUCUCUGGAAGCUGCUACAACAGGAUGGAAGUGCAGGCUGAUGUCCAAAAGGAGCGAUGCAGUCUGAGCGGAGAAUCAGCCACCGUCAGUCUCGGGACUAUUAGUGACAAUGCGAGCACAAAAGCUAUGGCAGGAUCCAUCCUUAAUGCCUACAUGCCUUUGGAAAGAGACAAUAGUCUGGAAGUUCAGGCGGACAUGGAGUCCAAACCGGAGAAGAUGAGGCACUACAGUGCCAGCAGCAGCCUGGAUGAAGCCAGCUGUAGCAGUAGCACUGCCGGCCUUAAAGGUGCUAGCGGUGGUCCAUGCUCAUGCCCCUCCACUUGCUGCUGUGCUCAGCACGAUGACCACUGCUGCCCCCCGUCCCCCUGGUCAAAAGAACCCUCCACUUCAGGGGGAAAGAAGAGCAAAGGUAAGCUUUGGAAAAGAGCGAGCAGCAGCAGCAGCAGCAAAGGAGAAACCCAGAUUAACGAGACACGGGGAGAUAUGGAUGCCCAGCUCCUGGAGCAGCGCAGCACUAACUCCUCUGAGUUUGAGUCGCCAUCUCUGAGCGGCAGCCUGCCCUCAGUGGCCGACUCACACUAUAGCCACUUCUCCUCAGAGCUCAGCUGCUCCGACCCUGAAACGUCACGACCAGUGUAUCCAUCCUGCACCACACCCAUGGAAUCUCAUCGUCCAGCCGCCAUCUUCAAUGACGUCACCAUCACACCCAUGCCCGAGGUGGAGAACGACCGCCUGGAGCAUCAUCCACCUCAGAGUAGCCACGCAGCCUUCACCCACCGCCUGCUAUCGUCAUCACCACCUGCUUCGCCAAAAGAACGUAGAAGUAGUGGGACAUUUCUAUACAUCAACGAGGAGAGUGGAGGCGAUGUCGCAGACACGCCGGAGGAGAAAGAUGAGAAAAUUAAAGAGACCAGCAAAAACACUGCCGCACAGCCUGUAAGCCCAACGAGGAUUCGCUGUAUACAAACCGAUAUCUAAAAGAACUCUCCUGUUCUUCGGGUGUUGGUGGUGUUACCACUGCUAGCUCAGUUAGCCUUAUAACACACACACACACACACACACACACACACACACACACACACACACACACACACACACCCCCUUGGGAAGCUGCUCCCCCCCCCACAUCUUGCUGGUGGUCAAGUGUAAGUCUAAUUAUAUUUCUAUCUGCUGCAGAGGCAGGAAUAUUAUGCGAAUGUCAGGCUAUACAGUUGAGAGAGGGUUGACGUCCCAGUUGGAGAGAGAUUGGUGAAUAAAGUAAAGAGGGGCACAGUACAGUCUGAGCAGAUUGGUGGUUUCUGUUGUUCAGUGAAAGAACAAGCAGACGUGUGAAGCAGAUGUUUCAGCCUGUUGAAGCGUCAAUGGAGGCAGCAAGGCCUAUAGUAGGUAGAGGUCGAUGUAUAUGGACAGGUGUAAAGUAUGUUAUCAGGGUGCUGAGAUAACUGCAGAAGGCCCAUCCAGCUAUUAUGAUGAUCUGCAAAGUCUGCCCCCUGAAUGAUUUUCUGAAUCCAAGUUCGAAGCAGUUCUUACACCCUUUUCCUGAUCCUUGCAAAAAGCAGAACUGAUGAAGCUGGAUAGGGGCAAGUAAAAUGUCCGGUAUUCUUUUCAGUAGUAUAUUGAGCUGCUAUUUAAAAGCCUGACAUCUGGCAAAAAUCUGGUUUUCUUCUGGGUUUGCAUGAAUCAGGGAUGGAUGUGUCAUCACUGUGGUCCACCGCUGUGCCACCAGUUAAUUCUGUCACUUCUUAAAAUGGCAUGAGAAACACCACCGCUUAAGGAUUGUUGAACCUAAGAGGGGCCAGUCCAUACUGUAGCAAAUUUUAUUUUUCCAUAAUCAUCUAUAAGUAAAAUGAUUAUUAUUGCAUUUGUUUAAAAUGUUUUUUGUUCUUUGUCUUUGCUUAUUUUUAUUUUCCAUUUUGGGAAAGUUUGUUUUAAUGUUGAAGCCCUGUGUUGGGUCCAAGUUUUUAGUAUAAUCUGGCGGUAACUGUGUUGAUAGCGACUGAAACCGUUCUCCUGCUUUUUUGUAUUUUAUUUUGCAUUUAAGACUGUUGCCAUCUUGAAUUAAUCUCCACAAGCACCUGUCUGCACUGGUUAAAAAAACAGUUUGUGGUUACAUUGCAGUUUUUAGUAUAUCAUGGAAUUAAGAGAGAUAUGUUAAAGAAAGGGAAUUGUAAGUUAUUUCUUGUAAACGUAGCAGAAAAGCCCAUGUUUUUCAUUUGAAACCGUAGCAUCUCUUACUAUGAUGGGGCUUGUUUUAGUAAUCAGUCACUAAAACUAGAAGUCAACCAAACAAUAUAUUUGCAAUAAGAAAAUGAAUCUUUUGAAUAAUUAUUGAACAUAAGCCAAAAAGCUCUGAUAUACUUAAAGGUGUGAUGAGAAACUGCUUGAUCUUUCACUGAUUUUAAAUAUUCAGUAGUGAAUGUACGAUGAUAAUAGUGUUACAUUUUUGAUCCUCAGUAAUAUCCACAUCAAAAUAUAAGUUUUGAUUCA